CGUUGUUCCCAGUAUUUUCAUACAUCCCUCGAUGGCUUCGUCCACGUUAUGAAUAAAAAUGAUUUUUUCGUCUCGACGCGUACGUAUUCUCGUUUUGAAAACGCGGAGAGUCACAGGGAUCGUCGAUCUCAAGAAUCAUUCUCUUUCUCUCUCCUUCUCCCGGACAUGAGAGACGCAUUCGUUUUGUUUUGAUACGUGGAUGACGUAUCCUCGAAGACGGUGAAUCGAACCUGAACUAUUCCGUGAAAAUUACCUACGUCUUCCGAUUUUUCACUCAGUCUCUCUGCUAGUGCCGUGGUGAAUCGCCGAGAAAUUAAUCACGGUCUUGAUUAUUCGUUAAUCAACGGUGACGUUAACCGUAUCCUUUAUGGCUUUCUGACAGUUCCUGCGAAAAUGGCUCGAUGGGACGUUUUGUAUCUUUUGUGUUUGAUGCUCCUUGCAAACAAUUACGUAAACUACAGCUCGUGCACAUAUUAUGGUCGUCACUAUGAUAAAUAUGGUCUGGAGUCAGAGAAAAUUUGCCACAGACUUGGCUUUAAGUCAACCAUAGAGAUUAGCGAGCUAGCCGCAGUGGUCUUACCUAAACACAUGUUUGAACGUUGGGAGGUUCUCCAAAAUGUUCACUGCAAAUUUGUUAUGAAGGCAGCUAAGGGGGAUGGUCUGUUCGGUGUUAUUCAGAAACUGUCAUUUAGAAAGAACGAGACACAGUGCUUAGAUUAUGUGCAGUUUAAAAGGAAGGAUGAUCAUCGGACAGAAAGAUUCUGUGGUACAUUGGAUCGCAGUAGAACUAAGUAUUACCCUGUUCCUGAACCAGAGCAUAGCAUGUACUCGUCUGAACCUGUAUUAACAGCAAGGACUUUUGCCGAAUAUGAUCCAAGCGGACGCAAGUCUGGAGGAGAAUUGGAGACUGAAAUAUUUAUCUCCAAAAACAAGUUACAAGACGAAGAAUUUCUUGCUCUCAGCAUUGUUUAUACUCCAUUUAAAAACUGUAACAACACAGAUCCAACCAAAUACACAUCAAUUGGCAUGGACACCUGUUUAAAAAAUGACUUUUUCUGUGAUGGGAUUUAUAAUUGUGCACCAAAAAUAUGUUCAGAUGAGGACAAGUGUCCAACUAAUGCCAAUGAAUUUAUUAGCACUGGUACUGGUACUAAAGUAACCGUGGGUGCAGUGACUACGAUGAUACUGUGUUUUAUUAUAUUCAUUAUGGGUUUAUGGAUAUGCAAAAGAUCACAGAAGUUAUGUUGGUCUCUGGAUUGUGCUGAUCCAACGGUAUGCUCAUCGAGACCUGGUCCACUGCCACAUGAAACUGAAGGAACUGUAAAUCCACCAGUACCUACGGCGCCAAUGUUGGAGGUCGCUGUGUCUUCGACUGUCGCUGACAAAGAUCUACCACCAAGUUACGAUUCAUUAUUCCCAGAACAAAGUAAUACUGUUAGAUCAUAAUAACAAAGCAAUCGUAAGUUAUUAAAUAUAAGUGAUAACUAUUGACAGCUUAUUAUCUAAUGUUUUAAUUAGAUACUGCUGUGCACAGUGCAGUCUUCAUAUGUAUAUGGUAUGAAUGAGUGCCUUUCUGAAUGAAAAUGAUAUACAGUUACGUACACAAACAUCCAUAAGAACAAAACUAUUAGAAAUUUCAUUUUUUUUUUUAGGGUUUUAUACCGAGAACUUUUCUAUACUGUUUCUAUUUACAACAAUGUUGUAAAUUUUGAUAUCCUGUUACAUUUAAAACUUACUGUUUCUAUCGUCCCAGUAAUAAAUACUCUUUUGCCAUAGAUAAGAAAAUACACGUAUACAAUUAACGGCUGUACACGCGAGUUAACACGAUAGUGAUCAUUCCAUUUACUACAACGAAUUAUGUUAAAAAAAAGACUUUUCGAUCACAAUUAGUAAGACCUUUUUCUAUAUGUUAGAAAACGUACUGUAAUUAAUAAGUGUAAUAUUUAUACGAAAUUGUUUCGAAAUCGUGUCAAAAUACUUACGACUCAUUGUAAGUAACUGAAUUAAAGCAUCAUUUAAUAUUGGUACUCUACAUUAGGAUAAUCUAUGCAACUAUUAUAUCCUUAUAUCGACAUGUGUAUUUAUUAUGAUGUAAAACGGUAGAUCUGCGUAUUUUACGAACACCGAAUAAUACAAUUUAUACAUAUGUAAGAUAUUUAUAAUGUUUUUAUACAUGUACGAAGUAUAAAAAUUUUAUAGUAUUAUACAAUCUCUACGAACAUGUGAAUAUCUAAAAAAUUUAUUUGUUAGGAAUCUCUUUAUACACGUAUACACGGCAAAUUUGUGUAAAUAUUAAAUUUGUAAUAAAAAUCUUAAAAAAUGAUUAAUA